CGGAGGGAUGGGCUGGCUCAGCUCGACCCGGCAGGGCUUGUUUACUAUGGCUGAUGAUCUGGAGCAGCAGCCUCAAGGCUGGCUGAGCAGCUGGCUGCCCACUUGGCGCCCCACUUCCAUGUCUCAGCUGAAGAACGUGGAAGCCAGGAUCCUCCAGUGCCUCCAGAACAAGUUCCUGGCCCGAUAUGUGUCCCUCCCAAACCAGAACAAGAUCUGGACGGUGACAGUGAGUCCUGAGCUCAGGGACCGCACCCCCCUGGUGAUGGUGCAUGGCUUUGGGGGCGGCGUGGGCCUCUGGAUCCUCAACAUGGAUUCACUGAGCGCCCGCCGCACUCUGCAUACCUUCGAUCUGCUCGGCUUUGGGCGAAGCUCUAGGCCAGCGUUCCCGAGGGACCCAGAGGGGGCCGAGGACGAGUUUGUGACCUCGAUAGAGACGUGGCGGGAGACCAUGGGGAUCCCCAGUAUGAUCCUCCUGGGGCACAGUCUGGGAGGAUUCCUGGCCACUUCCUACUCAAUCAAGUACCCUGACAGAGUUAAACACCUCAUCCUGGUGGACCCAUGGGGCUUUCCCCUCCGACCAACUGACCCCAGUCAGAUCCGUGCACCCCCGACCUGGGUCAAGGCUGUGGCCUCUGUCCUAGGGCGUUCCAAUCCACUGGCUGUUCUUCGAGUAGCUGGGCCCUGGGGGCCCAGCCUGGUACAGCGAUUCCGACCAGACUUCAAGCGCAAGUUUGCAGACUUCUUUGACGAUGAUACUAUAUCAGAGUAUAUCUACCACUGCAAUGCCCAGAAUCCCAGCGGGGAGACGGCAUUCAAAACCAUGAUGGAGUCCUUCGGCUGGGCCCGGCGACCCAUGUUAGAGCGAAUUCACUUGAUUCAAAAAGAAAUGCCCAUCACCAUGAUCUAUGGGGCCAACACCUGGAUAGACACCAGCACAGGAAAAAAGGUGAAGCUGCAGCGGCCGGAUUCCUACGUCCGAGACAUGGAGAUCGAGGGCGCCUCACACCACGUGUACGCGGACCAGCCACACAUCUUCAACGCAGUGGUGGAGGAGAUCUGCGACUCGGUUGAUUGAGCUGCUCUCCCUAGAGGGCGAGGAGAAAGCCAGAGAGUCACUCUCACCUCCCUGUCUCCUUACUUACCCCUCUGUCCUUUCCUGACCAACUAACAUGUGCCAGCCAGGCAGAGUCUCGGGCUGUCCCCAGGGCAGGACCACAGAAGGAGAGCACUCCUCUCUACGCUAAGGGCUAGAGGCAAAAGCCACAAGUGGCCUUGAGCUCCCCACCCCGGGGAAGAGCAUAAAGGCUUGCAGAGUGCCACCCCAUUCUCUCCAUGCCGAGUGUUACCCAGGUGUGGUUAUGAAGGGUCACACCAAGCCGUGUCCCCCCUGUGCCAAAGGGAGGGCGGCCACCUCCCCUGGGCGAAGGAGAGGCUCUCAGUGGCCUUUCCCGGCUCUGGAGUGUGUGGGGGGUAGGUUCUGUGCAGGAACAUCUUCCUCCCCCAUUACCCCCGGCCCCCCGGCCCAUGCCAGUUCUGUCCGGAGUCUGGUUGGGACUGGUUCCCACUUAAGUACCAAGAGCAGGUCCUGCAGCUCCCGUGACCUGAGAGGUCAUAUCCAAAGCUCUCGUUAACAGAGGAGGCCCAGGGCAGGGCAGGGCAUGGCUGGUCCAUGGUGAGACAGCUCUGUUCCAGGAGAGCUAGGGCUGGCACCCGGGUCUGCUGAGAGCCAGUGCUCACGGCAGAGUCUGUUUGCUAAGGUUUGAGGCAAGCACCGUUGCCAUGGGGCUGGUCCUGGCUGAGGAUAAGCCCAACCCAGCCCCACGUUCCAGCCUCAUUGUACGGGGGUGCUGUUUGCCUGCCCUGUGUCUCAGCCCCAGCUGCCUGAGCUGGGCACACUCAAGUGCUUCCUUCCUGCCCCCUCUUCCUCCCGCUGGGAGGCCUCUGGGCCUCCCUCUGUGCCUUGGGCCCUGAAGCCCCACCCAUAGUGUUGAGAAAGGUGGCCCCUGGUGGAGAGAAGGGAAAGGCCCUUCAACCCUGAGCCGUGUCUGGAUCCCCAUCCUCUCUAGUAUCCACAGGGUUUUUCUACCUGCCCCCGGAGCUGAGGCUCACAUGAGCCUCUGCCCAGGGUCCAGUGGGGAGCCUCCAGCCGGCAGUUGCCUGUCCUCAUCAGCCACAGGAUGGUUCUCACUGCCUGGCCCUCCAUCCCUGCCACCUGUCCUUCUGGUCUCCAGCUCAUCAGCCCCUGACCCCCCGUCACUCUCUCCCAGGGGUUGGUUCCAGGUGCUGCUCCAAGGUUCUGGGCAGUGGGCUGGGCCUGGCCCCAGAACCACGGCAGCUCUUGCCUACUCCUUCACUUUUGUAAAGCCAACCCUUUCACCAGAAUAGUAUUAACUCCUGGUGCUUUGUACUACUGGUCCAGCUGCCUUGGGCUCCUUUUCUAUAUUAAUAAAGAAAUGAGUCAAAAUUGCCUUUGGUGAUGAUGUUUAAUAUUGCUCCAACAAGAGUGGUGCUGAAUUCACAACAGCUCCUGUGACACCUGAGUCAGAGGAGGGGGCCCCGAGAGGUACCCACGCACAGGCCACUCGACUCCCUCUCCCGUUUAGUGCAGCAUCCGCCCCCUGAGAGGAUGGAUAAGGGCUGGAUGGGCCAAGCCCCAACUCACUGGAGGAGAAUUAGGCUGAACUGGGUGCUCCCUACUGCCCAUUAAAUAGCCCUAUCAUCUGAAGUUCACCUUGGCCUUCACCUGGACUGCUCCCUAGGGCCUAUUCUAACUCCUACUCAUCCUCAACCUCAGCUCAAAUAUUCCUUCUGCAGGUAAGCUUUCCCCUGAACCCCUAGACUAGACUUGCACCCCCUCUUCUGUGUCUCCAUGGCACACUCAAAUGCCCCUUGGUAAAACUCAUAAACUUGUAGUCACUUGUUUCGUGUCUGUCUUUCCUCCCUAGAUCACAAGCUGCUUAAGGACAAGGGGCACGUCUGGCACCUGGUUCAUGUUCAGCAGAUGUUUAUUUUGUUUGAGCCAAGGGAACUGAGGCAUGCCAAGUGUUCAGACAUGUUCAAAUCAUUACCAGCAGUGCCUGCUGUGCUGGCUGACUCCAGCUAGGCCCAGAAUUUAACAGCUCAAAAUGGCACUUAAUCCUACAUUUGUCAUCAUGAAUGAAUGAAUGAACAAAUGAAUGGAACUCCUGGGUAUAAUUACAAAGCUCUGGUCUAUCCGAGGACCCUGCAUAUUCUCUGACUGAAGAUUGCCUGAUGGCCAACACCUGCCAAACUGAGGCGAGGGCAGGUUUUUGUUUUUGUUUUU